AUGGCUGGCAGGGACCGGCGCGUGCCCUUCGUAAUCAGGAAGUCAAAGAAGCCGCGUUGCUUCCGGGGCUAUGUGCCUGUGCAUUACAGGCAUAAUGCGAAAGCGAGGAAGACGUGCGAUUUAUUCGUAGAGUGGUUGAGCGAAUUUGACCGCGACAUGCACAAGCAAGGCAGGCGCGUGCUGCUCGUGGUCGACAACUGCUCCGCGUACCACGUACAAGCCUCUCUGACGGCAGUGACCCUGGUUUUCCUGCUGCCCAACACGUCUAAAGUGCAACCGCUUGACUUGGGCAUCAUUCGCGCAUUUAAGAGUUAUUAUAGGCGCCGCAUUGUGGAGCGCUUGCUCACAGCUGUUGACCGCCCAGCAGCCAACCUGCCACUUCGGGUGACUUUGUACUCGGCUUUGGAGAUGCUAAAGGAUUCGUGGACGGAGGUGACGGCUACAUGCGUGCAAAACUGUUUCCGCAAGGCCGGCUUCACUGACGUCGGACCCGAUGCUGAGCCUGAAGCUCCCGAAGAGCAUCGAUCCGGCGGUGAUUUGUGGCAGUGCGUCGUCGACUCCGACAUGGGAGAGCAGAACAUCUGCUGGAAGGACUUCAUUACAGCCGAUGAUGAUGCCGACACUGCGGAACCGUGCAUGGAUGAGGGCAUAGUGAAUGAAGUGCGCGGCAGGAGCGGUUCGGAGGAAUCGGAUGACGACGACGACGAAACUUUGGAGCUAGCGCCCACAAGCGUGCCUGUAGCAAAUUGGCUACAUAGAUAG